UUCCCGGAUGUACGUGACAAGGAGUAGGGUCGCCUGUCCAGCCUCAUGGGUUUUCUCCGGGUUCUCCAGUUUCCUCCCACUGCUAAAGACCCCUACGCGCAAGUGAAUUAUUGAAAUAAAGUUGAACCAUAUGUUAGUCCUGAAAAGACCUAGUUUGUGUCAGGUGGAGGUUAAACCCUCCCUCUCCCCUCCCGUAAAAAUAAUAGGAGAUAAACAAAUAAAGAAGCAGUUUUUUUCAAUCCUUGUAAAUAAAUUCGAAUCAGUGAAAGAUAUAUUUCCAAAAACUCAGGUAAAUGGUCUAGUCUGUUUAUAAUUUCUUAACUUAGCCGCAUUUCCUUUAAAUAAUAGGGGAGCCACGGUGGCUAGGUGGAUAAGACGCUGGCUCGCUAGCCUGGAGGUCGGGUGUUCGAUCCCUGCAUUGGCCGAGAAAGUUCAUCCUGAUUUUCCGACGUGGUUUCCCCUUGUCAGUGGUGCAGAACGGAGGGCCUGACAAGGACAGCUGUCUAGUCAUUCGGAUGAGACGAAAAACCGAGGUCCCGUGUAUACAUUAGAAUGCAUGUAAAAGAUCCCUUGGCAGUUGGAAUUUGAUAUAAGAGUAGGCGAUAGUGCCGCUGCCCGGGCAAAAUUUCCCUCAUAGCACACUGUAUGGCGUAUGCCCGUCUUCAUUAGCCCAGUAUAGGAGCAGAACAGUAGGACAUAAAACCCAUUUCAUUUCAAUUCAUUUUAAAUAAUAGACGGGACGUGAUAAUUAAAGAUAUGAUUAAUGAAGCACACCGUUCACUGCAAGAGUUAUUUCCCUUCAGUCGUUUGAUGAACGAACGAAGCAGGUGUGAGUUAACGAUCUCGUCAAUACUACACGUUUACAAUUUACUCACUCGUGUUGAUUGUAUCAUGCACGUUAUGUUGCAACCAAUACGAGUGUGCGUGCGUUAUCUGCAAGAAAAUAAACGCGUCCCUAUGGCUGACCUAAUGUAUAAAUUAUCUGUCUUUAUCUAGCAUCCCUUAUUUACGUGGACAUCUAAACAAUGCUUGAAGGUAUCAAUUACUAGUGUCAAAUAACAAUGCCCGAAGAAUGCUGGGCAUGUACAUAGAUAUGAAUGGGUCACGUGACUCUUAUUUGAGGGCAGUAGUAUUUGUCGUCGAAUCGGGGAUGACGCCUGUCGUGUAUCACUGCCAAAACUUUGUGGACUUAGGAAUCGUUAUGUUUACCUUUUGUCAACCUUGAAAAAGAAACAAAUAUGAAGCUGGAUUUACCCGUUGUUACCUGGUCAGGUGUGGUGUUUUUUCUACACAUUCUACAAAAUGCAGCAUCAUUAACCACUACCACUACUUCAACUAAAAAUAUAGCUUAUUUUAAUCAUACAUCACAACUUAUCCUGCCAGAUACGUGGAGUUUACGUUCAUUUACUCAAUUAUCAUUCCGUACUUGCUCCCCAAACGGAGGACUAUUAUCGCAACAAGUUAACACGGAAUUCAUCAAUCUAAGACUGGAUAAUGGAUCUAUAGUGCUAUCGUGGAAUGUUGCGAACAAUACAGCAACAUUUCGUGUUAUGGGAGUAUUCAAUAAUAAUAUGUGGUAUAUCGUGGGUUUACGUUUUUAUCUCGGUAACGUGAAUUUAACGGUAGCUCGGGGUCAGACGUUGUUGUAUAAUCGUGUUGUAGCGAGUAUGACGUCAUCAUUACAUCAGUAUUUAUUUUCAAAUGAAUUAAAUAGCGGUCAAUUAGAGGUGGGGAAGGAUUUUGUCGGGUGUAUUUAUCAGGGACCCGGAGUAAACUUUAAUCAACCAGGAAUUAUUGAAAGCGGAGUGAUAUGGAAUAAUUGUCUAUUAGCAUCAAGACCUGGAUGCUCAUUAGCCGAUCUUGAUGGCGAUGAUUGUAUUCAGUUACCAUGUAAAAAUGGUGGCACCUGUAUAGACGGAAUUGGUACUCAUACGUGUGAAUGUCGCCAUAAUUUUAAUGGAACCAACUGUGAAAAUGAUUUACGAUAUUUAGGAUGUGAUAUUGCACCGUGUAUGAACCAAGGUACAUGUCUACCCCGAUCACAGGGAACUACGACUGGUGUACCAUAUACGUGUAACUGUGCCAAUGGGUAUACAGGUACAGAUUGUGAGUUAGUUAUAGAUGAUUGUAGAACACAACCAUGUAUUAAUGGUAUUUGUACCAAUCUAGUAGGGAAUGGUUAUAGUUGUAACUGUACAGGAACGGGUUAUAAAGGUGAGAAUUGUAGUACUGACAUCGACGAGUGUUUGACAGUCGACUGUGGUAGCGGAAAAUGUUUUAAUUAUCCUGGUAGCUUUACUUGUGAAUGUCCGAUCGGAUUCAAUGGAGAUAGAUGUCAGGAUAAUGUUGAUGAGUGUCGAUCAUCACCGUGUCAGAACGAUGGAACCUGUAGUAAUUUGAUAGACAGAUUCAACUGUACCUGUAAAACAGGGUUCACAGGUGUGACGUGUGAAACUAACAUCAAUGAUUGUGUGGGUGUCGUAUGUCAAAGUACAAAUGCUGAGUGUAAGGAUUUAGUAAACGAUCAUAGAUGUGACUGCAAGGACGGAUUUACAGGUACAGAUCCUAAUUGUGUUGAUAUAAAUGAAUGUUUGAGUAAUCCCUGUGUAUCAGGACAGAGUAUUACCUGUGAUGAUCUAGAAAAUAGAUAUUUAUGUCACUGUUCCGCAGGCUUUACAGGUGAAAGAUGUGAAAUAGAUAUUAACGAAUGUGCUCGAAAUCCUUGUCAAAAUAACGCCUCGUGUACACAGGGCAUUAAUGCGUAUACCUGUCACUGUCUACCUGGUUUUACAGAUCAUAAUUGUAGUACCAAUAUUAACGAGUGUGGGUCGAAUCCUUGUCGUAAUGGUGGCUCAUGUAAUGAUCAGAUUGAUGGAUAUACAUGUGAUUGUGUGACAGGAUGGACAGGAAGUGAUUGUUCUGUUAACUUUGAUGACUGUGCUAACAAUCCAUGCCUUAAUGGCGGUACUUGUCACGAUUAUCUGGCUUAUUAUAACUGUUCCUGUGUUCUUGGAUUCCAAGGUGAUAGAUGUAAUAUUGAUAUCAAUGAUUGUCUCGUUGAUCCAUGUUUAAAUAACGGACAAUGUGUUGACCUUGUCAACGAUUACAGAUGUGAUUGUGCACCUAAUUGGAUGGGUAAAAACUGUAGCCUGACGUACAAUGCCUGUAUUGAUUUGAGCCCAUGUAAGAAUGGUGCCACAUGUACGACCGAACAACCAAGUCUUCAGUAUGAUUGUGCAUGUCAAGUUGGAUUCAGUGGCGUCAAUUGUUCACAUAAUAUAAACGACUGUUUAAUUAACAACUGUCAAUCAUAUCAACAAUGUUACGAUCAAAUCAACAAUUAUACAUGUGGAUGUCCUCCAGGUUUAGAAGGUGAAUUAUGUAACAUUGAUGUUGAUGAAUGUGCUAACAACCAGUGUAGAAACGGAGCUGUUUGUAUUAAUGGUACUGGAGUUUACACAUGCAGUUGUAAAAAUACAUUCUACAACUUAACACAGUAUGCUGGUAGAAAACUUGAGUUUUAUUCUGGAUAUAAGGGUGAAUUUUGUGAUGUGGAUAUUAAUGAAUGUGAUUAUAGUCCAUGUUUAAAUGGUGGACAGUGUACUAAUAGUGAUGGGGAAUAUAGUUGUCUUUGUUCACAGAAAGAUGGACCAACUGUGGGUUUUAACUGUGAAUUAAAGACAUCUUAUUGUGAUGUAGAAGCCGGUAAAUUAGGUCGACCACCAUGUUCUAAUGGAGGAACAUGUAUAAGCAGUAUUAGAGAGUUUACCUGUGUAUGUGCUCCAGGAUGGACAGGAGCUACGUGUAAUAUAAAUAUUAACGAGUGUGAGUCGAAUCCAUGUCAGUAUAAUGGUUCGUGUAACGAUCAGGUGAAUGGUUAUAACUGUACAUGUAUACCAGGAAUUACAGGACCAAACUGUGAGACUAAUAUCAACGAAUGUUUAUCAAAUCCGUGUCAACAUAACGGGGCAUGUCUCGAUCAAAUCAAUCAGUAAGUUGAAAUAUUAUUUCUUUUGAGAAUUUUCUUUCUGUAUCUACUUCGGUCUGAUUAAAAUACAGAUCUAUAUUUCAUUUCGUUUUUUUAUACUUUCGAUGGCCUACACUACAUGAAGAUCUGACCAGUUGUACUGGGAGGUUGCGACAGGGGUCAUACG